GUGUUGUUUUAAAUGUGGGUUAUGGUUAACAGAGGGAGAGAGAGACCUUGCCUGCUUGCCAGGAAGCCAUUAGCCAACAGUGACAUGGAGGAAACACCAUUGGACCCCAAUCUUCUUGUGAGCUAUAAUUUUACCGGCAUCCAAAACGAGACAGAUUUGCACACCUUUCCUAAUGGAAGUAAAAUAUUGUUUGGAGCAAUGAUCCAUGUCAUUUUCAUCCUCAGUAUCAUAGGAAAUACGCUCCUCUUCCAUGCUCUUUACUGCAACAUGAACGUGAAGAAUGUCACCGACAUGUAUUUCCUCCACCUUGCCUGCUCGGAUGUAGCCUUAACAAUCGCCCUGCCGUUCGUGGCCACUGGGCUGAUCCACAGUUGGUGCUUUAGUGAAUUAGUCUGUAAGCUUGUUGUAAGUUUAUAUUACUGUGGGAUGACCUCAAGUAUCAUACUAUUGACCGCCAUAUCAGUGGAUCAGUUCAGCACUGUUGUAAUCCAGAAUGGUUGCAUCGUCCCAGUGAAGAGACGAAGGUGUGCCAUCGGAGCCUGUACGGUGACCUGGAUGGUCAGCCUGGCUGUGGUUGUCCCUUGCCCCUUCUAUUCAAAGGUAGUGAGGCUAGAGGAUGAAGCUAUGUGCUUUUCUCACCAAAUUCACGCCUUUUUUUCUCUGCUCUCAAUCUGCUUGUUUGCCGUCAUUGUGUUCUGCUAUUCGGCAAUUCUCUGGACCACGGUGAGGGCUUCAACCAGAAAGAAGCUCAGGACUGCAUCCCUCGCAUUAUGUAUAUCUGUAGCCUUCUUUGUUUGCUGGGCUCCUCACACUAUAUUGAUGAAAACUAGUUCCAAGGAGUUGGAUUUGAAGCAAACAUUUGCAUAUCAUGUCACGUUUACAGUGUCUCUCUCUCAUUGUUGUAUCAAUCCCAUGAUCUAUAUGAUGUCACCGAAGUACCGUAAACAUGUACAGAGUGUCUUUUGUUGUGAAAAGGUGCACACAAAGAGAUAGAGAUAGAGUUAAUUAUCGUAAUGUUUAAUGGGAAUGCAGAGUGUGAAUGCAUGGUAUAUUGUAUAUGGAGUGGCAUGCUAUUCUUUUAUGGCCAAUGUGGUCAUUGUUGUGCAAAUAUUAUUAACCUGCGAAUGUAUACAUACAAAGAUUGUUGCUUGAUGUUUUAAUAAAAUAAGAAAUUCUACAUUCUCCAUUAAUUAAAAUCCUAAAAACAACAA